CUAAAAAAAACACUGUGCUGUUAAAUAAAUAUUGUUUGUAUUGUUACAGAUAUCACGACAUUUACGUCAAAACUCGGAUCAGUAUUUCGCUGGGAAAUCAAUUGUAUUUUUAAAAGUAUAUGAACCUACAUUUACAGUAUACCAUAUACUUUCUAAAUCAUGGGAUCAAUAUCUCGAAGGUGGUUUCACCCGAAUAUUAAUGGUGGAGAUGCAGAAACGUUGCUUCUUGAAAGAGGAAUAUCUGGGAGUUUUCUUGCUCGACCAAGUAAAAGUAAUCCUGGUGACUUCACGCUGUCAGUUAGACGAGGGGAUGAUGUAACCCACAUAAAAAUACAAAACACUGGUGAUUUUUAUGAUCUUUAUGGAGGGGAAAAGUUUGCAACUUUGGCCGAACUGGUUCAGUUUUAUACAGAAAAGCACGGCCAACUGAGGGAAAUUAACGGAGAAAUUAUUGAAUUAAAAUACCCACUUAACUGUGCAGACCCUACCUCUGAGAGAUGGUUCCAUGGCCACACCACAGGCAGACAAGCGGAAAUAUUGCUAAAUGAGAAAGGAAAGAAUGGAAGUUUCCUUGUACGUCAGAGUUUAAGCAAACCCGGAGAUUUUGUUUUAUCUGUUCGUUGUGAUGAUAAGAUCAUACACAUUAUGAUCAGCCGCAGUGACAAUGGUAAAUAUGACAUAGGAGGUGGUCAGAAGUUUGAUUCAUUAUCAGAGUUAAUUGAUCAUCAUAAACACAAUGCUAUGGUGGAGCAAACGGGAAGUGUUGUUUACCUCAAGCAGCCGUAUAAUGCAACACGUAUUAAUGUCGCCAUGAUAGACCAGAGGGUAAAAGAGCUCCACCAGUCUGAUACAAGCAAAGCGGGAUUUUGGGAAGAAUUUGAGACACUACAGCAACAAGGCUGCAAACACCUCUUCAGUCGGAAAGAAGGCUUGAAACUUGAAAACAAGACAAAAAAUCGCUACAAAAACAUCCUACCAUUUGACCACACACGUGUUGUUUUGAAAGAUGUCGACCCAGCGGUUGCGGGAUCAGAUUACAUCAAUGCAAAUUAUAUUAAACCGGAUGCUGAGGAAGGAGGAGCGAUGAUGAAGAGUAAGACCUACAUCUCUACACAGGGAUGUUUAUCUAACACUAUCAGUGACUUCUGGAAGAUGGUGUAUCAGGAAGACUCUCGCAUCAUCGUCAUGACAACAAAGGAGGUUGAACGAGGCAGGAAUAAAUGUGUUCGAUACUGGCCCGCAGAGGGAGAAGUUAAGCAGUUGGACGGUUAUUCAGUGAAAGGUUUAAAGGAAACAGAUUACCGGGAUUACACCUUAAGAGAAUUCAAUUUAACCAAAACAGCAGAGCCCACCAGUGAAAGGGUGGUUUAUCAUUACCACUUUAAAGUAUGGCCUGACCACGGAGUACCAAGUGAUCCAGGUGGUGUUCUUAACUUUCUACAUGAUAUCAAUGAACGUUAUAAAAGUAGGAACUCUGGUCCAGUCAUCGUGCACUGUAGUGCUGGUAUUGGUAGAUCAGGGACUUUCAUUGUUAUUGAUAUUAUAUUAGAUGUCAUUGGGCAGCAAGGGCUUGACUGUGAGAUUGACAUUCAAAGAACAAUUCAAAUGGUGAGAAGUCAGAGAUCAGGUAUGGUACAAACAGAAGCGCAAUAUCAGUUUGUCUACCUGGCAGUAAAGCAACACAUUGAAACACUCACCAAGCGUGUGGAAGCUUCACAGAUGAACAAAGGGAGAGAGUAUAUCAACACAAGACAAACUGCUGAAGCUGUGAAUGCUGAUAUAACAAGUUUUCCAAAGGUCCGCUCCCCCUUCAGCUCCCUCCCUCCAUCACCGGGGAUCCAUCUUCACCAACUUCCUCCAACUCCAUCAUCAGCUGGACCAAGAACAUCAUCAAUGAGCAGCCAGCCGGGCACUCCAUCCCCUCACAGUGGCCAUCGAGCUAUUUACGAGAAUACGAACAACGUAUACGCAAACAGUACGAGGCCAGCACCCCACACACCACAGAUGGUACAACGCAGAUGACCACACCACACUCAUACCACUGACCAGGUUGAAACCCCAGCAGGCGCUGUUUAAACGCUCUCCACCUUGCUUUUACCCACCCCCGCUAACCUUACACGAAGCUGCUAUCACAAGUUUCCAUUGCAACGCGCAGGUACUUCCAUGAUAUUUGCUUACGUCAUCGGAGUUUUUAGCUCGUAUUCCCAAAAGUGACCAACACUGAAAAUCUCUGUAUUAUUCUCUAACUUGUUUUAUAACCUAACCACUAUUUUGCUAUCCUAACCCACUAACCCUCCUUGGUACACCGCUGUUACCCAAGUUUCCUCUCCGUUAUUUUUAUUACGUCCAACGUAGAACGUUUAAAAGGGCGACAAACGAAAAGUGCGGGACCACAAUCAUUUCUUUGAACAUUGUGAGCGGUGUCGCUUUAAUCUGCUUCUUACCGCUAUAAACCAGCCUUAACCAGUUUCUAGACAACCAUGCAAGCUAAUAAAGCUAUUCCCACAAAACUUGCUUGGCUAACAUUAGUUAGUGUCUACAUACCAAGUUCCUUUGCUUUAGGUCUGAAUGUUUAAUUGCAACGGGCACACGUUAUUUUUUGCAACAAUACAAUUUAUGUGUUACUAAUGGCUUA